AUGGCCAACGAGCUGGCGCAAUCUGUGCUAGUGGUCACGAUGUACGCGGACGUGGUUGCGGUGCUGGCUCAUGGCCCGUUCACACCAGGCCCCGUCGAGCAGCGACUACAGUGUCGGUACGCUGGCGUCAUGGCGCACGCAGCUGUUCGGGAGCGGCAGCUUGCGCCGAUGAUAUACGCUGUCGACGCUGCCCAUUUUCACUCAGCCGCCUGUCGCACAGAAAUGAUGACGUCGUACAGCGUCCUGGCCUAG